UUAGCCCAAAUGGACGUCAGUGCUAUGACAAACUUAUCUGAUGAGACCUUCAAGUCCGUUACUGAUCAGGUAGAGAGUUCCAGUUCAUUCAGCUUCUCUGGGCGACAGCAGCCCUGGCCCUAUGCUCCAGGGAACAAACUUGAGAGUGAAAAGCAGACUACAAGCUUGAAACAUCAAGACAGACAAUCUGAGCUUUCAGACUUCAAAAAUAAUGAAAACAAGUUGAGUAGAAAAUGGAUCGACUGCCUCAAAAGCAAGGAAACUAACUCCAGACAGUACCAAUUGAACACUAAAGUUCAAGCAGAAAUCAUCCAGGUAUCAGAUGAAGAAAUGAAUGCUCUGCAGUCUUUUUGCAACAUUAAGAUAAACCUGAUCCAUCAUAGGGUGAACUCUAAGAAGACAAAGAGCAGCAGACAUAAAAAGCUGCAGCUUCAGUCGAAUGCAGAGGAUUCAGAGAUAGAUGCAUUGGAUUGUACUGUUCCUGAUGAGCUUUUAAACAGAAUCUAUUUAAAAAACAUGAGGACAGCACCAAAGCAGGUGGCAGCAGCUAAGCAACACAUUUCUUCUCAGUGUCCCAAUUGCAACAGGAAAAGAGCUGAACUAGCCCAAUCUGCCUUCCUGAGACAAAAGAGGACUAUAUUGGAGUCAUUUCUCCUCCAAGAGAAAAUAGAUGAACACCUUCAUACCAAAGAUUUUCUCACUUAUAUUGGAGAAGCACACAAGGGCCUCCCCAGGCUUUCAGAUGACCCCAGACUAAUCUGGAAAAGACUGAUUGAGAAAAGUCAGGUUAGAUACUCUGGUUUUGAAAAGUCCGAUGCAGAGCAGAAGAUGCAGCUGGAUGGAAAUAAUGCUUGUCAUUCACCUUUUUUUCUCGGCAACUUCUCAGACCCCUUUAACUGAACAGGAGAUGGGGUUUAUUAAUGACAGUGUAUAAUGUGGAGAGAUGUCCUUGUUGUUUAUUUGAAUGAUUGCUAUCAUUUCUACAGGUAUUUGGAAACCAAAUUUAGAUUUUAUGCUGUUUCCUUUAUAGAUUUGAAGACUGAUGACUUUCUAUCCAAUGCAUUUUUUUUUGGUUAAAGAGGGCAACUUUGAAACUGUAAUAGUUACAAAGCUUUUAGAACAAUCCAGGAGAGAAAUGUUGGUAAUUUGGACAAGGGUAUUGACAGUACAAUGGAAAGAAGAACAGAAAUGUAAGAGAUAUUUAAGAAGUAAUAAUUGACAGUCCUGGGUAAUUAAAUAGAUACGGGAAUUCAAUUAAAUGUAGAUGUCAAGAAUGCUACUAGGUUUCUGUUUGUACUUGGGUGAAUGAUAAUUCAUUAAAGAUAGGAACACUGGAAGAGAACCAUGUUUGAUGGGAAUGAUCAAGUGUGUGAUUAUUUGGACAUGGGCAGUUCAAAGUGU